ACUUAACUCACGUAUAGCAUAGGACAAGUUUGUGUCUCGCGCCUCUAUACCGAACUAUCAAAUGCUAUUUCAAUAAUAACUAACAAAAUAGAAAAUACGAUUCAAUAUAGUUGUUUCCAAGAACCAGUCACGUGUUACGAGUUUAAUUGUUUUAUUUUUUUUAAUUAAAUCUCAUUGUAGUGACCGAUGGACUUCUUGUUCCGGGCUUCUUCCGGGUCCUUCUGUUAGGUAUCCGGCGGACCAACAGCGGAAUUCAAAAGUGUUGUUUGUGACGGUGUUUGGUUAUGUUUAACGAUUGCUGACAUACCUCUGUGGAUUAUAGAAGUACAGAACUCUAUAAAUUUGGAUUAAAACCCGAGCAUCUAAAAUUUCGGAGUACAUGAAGCUUUUCUUAUACAUCGGAUGAAGUAAACAAGGCAGAAAAGUGUAUAAACAGUGUUAAAUUUAGGUGCGUAAAACGGUGGUGGCGAUGAAAAAAUGCAGCUCUAGUGAUUAAUGUUAUUGUAGUGAAACCCAACUCGGUGUCGAAUACUUGCUGUGAUUAAUAAAAAUUAGCAUGAGUUCUUACUUUAAUAAUUAUAUGCCAGACAUGAGAAAUGGUGGUGUUGUAUCUGCUGAACAUCAACAUCAGCAUUACGCUGCCGCAGUACAAGUGGCUCAAAGUGGUGGACCAGUUCAAGGCGAUCCGAACUCGUGCUCGGGUGAUCCUUCGGUUGUCGGCUUACGACAAGGAAUACCUCCUCACCAUUAUGGCGGUCCUCCUACAGCGGGUCAGCCUCCUCAAGGAAUGCCUUAUCCUAGGUUUCCACCGUACGAUAGAAUGGAUAUCAGAAACGCCGGUUAUUACAACGCACAACAACAGCAAAUGGAUGGUCAAUACAGGCCGGAUAGUCCUACUAAUAUGCAUAUGUCAGCGACAACAGGACCUCCAAAUGGACAUCAAACACCAAUUGUGUAUGCUAGUUGUAAAUUGCAAGCGGCAUCGGUGACCCAAAAUGGGGUGCUAGGCCCCACUGGUAGUCCACCUCUAGACAGUGCACAAAGUAUGAAUACUCAACACAUGGGACAUCAUAUGCAGGAGCAGCAUGCGCAACAUCAUCCGCAGGCGCAUCAUCAGCAGCAACAUAUGAUGUAUGGAGCACCACAAAAUGCGAAUAUGCAUCAACCCUCUCCACAUCAACCUCCUCUUCAACAACAACCUCAGCCUGGACAGCAGCCACCAAACAACACGGCUUCUGCGCUACCUAGUCCUCUUUAUCCUUGGAUGAGGAGUCAGUUUGAAAGGAAAAGAGGUCGCCAAACGUACACCAGGUACCAAACUUUGGAAUUAGAGAAAGAGUUCCAUUUCAACAGGUACCUGACAAGGCGACGGAGAAUAGAAAUUGCACACGCGCUUUGUCUGACUGAAAGGCAAAUCAAAAUCUGGUUCCAAAAUAGAAGAAUGAAGUGGAAAAAAGAAAACAAAACCAAAGGAGAAGGUGGAUCGGAAGGUGGUGGUGAUGAUAUUAGUCCACAAGGGUCACCGCAGUGAACCACGACGUAUUAAACAAACCAUGUACCUUAAUACAUAUGUUAGUCAUUGCAUUUGCCUUUUGCUACCAGCCAAAGGCCUUUUUGGAACCUCUUCAGUCGGGCUUCUUACACAAUAUAUUUCCAGUUCAGUUAUUACUACGAUUAAUAUAUAUUUAAUUGAUAGAUAGAAGAAAACAAUGAUGGUUUUCUUAAUUUUGUGGAUCAAACGCUAUAAGUACACUGUGUGGCUCUGGUUCUUUUACGUACCUCAUAUUAAAUAUAUUACGCAAAAGUUAGAUCACUGUUGAUUAAGUUAAAUUCCUCACUUCAUCCACUGUCAGUAUUAAAAUCUUAGACAAAAAGUUACAAAUAAUUGGUCACAUGUAAAUUUUGUUGAAAUGUAAAAGCAGCUGAGAUACACAAUAUGUUUUUGUUGGUUUUUUAUUUGCUUUCUUUAGAAUAUA